AAUGUCAAAAUAAAUAUUGAACUGCACGUAAUUAUUUGGCAUUCCACACAAAAUUCGCAACUAUCUUGCAAUUCAUGCAAAAUUCAUAUAAAAAUGCAAUAAAAAACACAUUCGAAGUUGGAGUGAAGUAAAAAGACUGAAAGUGGCCAGAAAUAUUUUAAAAGUUCUAGCGUAGUGCAUCAACCACAGCUCGCCAAGAUGUUUCGAAUCGAGUCUUACGUUACGCCCAUAAUUAUGGAAUACGUGGCAAAGUAUGUGAAGAACAUACGAUCGGAGGAUAUGCAGCUUUCGUUGUGGGAGGGUGAGGUCACGCUGCAGAAUCUUGAUUUGCGUCUGGACGUGCUCGAAGAAGAGCUACAGUUACCUUGCGAAUUUUUAUCAGGCCACGUACAUGAACUGACAAUACGUGUACCUUGGACAAAGAUCACUUCAGAACCAAUCCGCAUUAUAAUUAAUACAAUUGAAUUUGUACUUAAGUUAAGACAUAACAAGACAGAUGAUGUUUCGUCGGCCAGUUCAUCACCGCAACGCAAAACUAGUGAAAUUGCGAAAAAGCGCAAGCGGGCACUGGAUGAGCACAAUUCUGCGCAACAAACUGCUGGUUCUGGUAUAGUGAACAAAAUCAUCAACAACAUCAAUUUGGAGUGUCACAAUAUUAUUCUUAAAUUUGUGGAGGAUGAUAUUGUCUUGUCGAUGAACGUGCAGCUAUUGCAAUUCGGGGCAGCUGAUGAACGUUGGAAAAUUGCCAUGACAGACGUUCAUCCUGUCAAAGUGAUGAUGCGUAAAUUGAUUAAAGUAUCGGAUCUUACCAUUUGCAUGGACAAACGGAAUUCAGCUGGACACAUUGAAGUGUGCCAGGAGCCAAUUCUAUAUCGAUGUUCGUUUGAAAUCCGCAUAUUACGUAAAUAUAACACCAACACUGUAUCAACGACUAGUCUAACUCGUGUAGGAAUAUUCACUAAAUCGAUGGAUAUCAAUAUUACAUCCAUGCAGUUCCCAAUGGUUAUGCGAUUAAUAGACAUAAUUUCUGAAUUUGGCAGGACAAAUGCGAAAUUCUUAACAACAGAACAAGAAGAUGUCAUCGAAGAUCAGGAGAGUGAAGAAGCUGGUCGUGAAUCCAUUCUACUAUGGGCUUGGAAUAAAUUACCAACAUUAUCAUUUGAACCUGUGGGAUUUGAGGAACCCAGUCCUGAAGAAGUUUCCGGUCAUUUAAGAGAUAUUGGUGUAUACUUGGAAGAGCUGAAUGUUACGUUGAAAAACUCGGAAUUGAUAGUGGAUACUUUCGUUGGCAAUACAAAGCGCAUUAAAUACACACCCAUUGUACGGUUAACCAUUGGCGGGUUGUACUUCGAAAAGGUGUCAUGCGAAGAGCAAAAUUGGCGUAGCACAAAGUCAGGCAUUUCGUAUUUAAUAGUCGAUCCUUUGGGUUCGUACAGAUUCGAUGACAUUUCCGACACGGCGCUGAUCUCGAGCCCUUCUUUGGAAAAGAUGACCGGCUUCAUGGAUAAUAGCCUAUUCGAUGAAAAGGCUGCAACAAUUGAUCUCAGCGCUUGCAUCAAUUACGAUGGCUACAUGUCACACUACACUGACGAAUAUUUGCUACAUCGAACGCCUAUAAUUGCUUUUGACUCUGUCGAGUAUAAAACAGUAAAAAUUCGCGACAACAGACAGCAAGAACUCGAUACGUCAGCACCAGCAAUAAAGGACACACAUUUGACAUACCGCAUACUAUCAUCUGGCCUCACAUUUCGAUGGAAUCAAUCUUUGCGACAGGUUAAACAAACAAUACUAGAUUUAAUUGAUUCAUACGAUUAUUCAGGCUAUCAUGUAGACCAGUUAGACACGGCUGCUCCGAGCAGCACAUGCACAUCCAAACUGCCGCCACCGUUAAUGGAAGACUACGAUGAACUUAUGGCGCAUAUACCGCUUUGCAUCUAUAAGUUUGAUUUGAAGAAUAUUAAUUUUGAAAUUUAUGCCAUCACCGAACCAACAGCUACACAAAAACACGCACAACACCGAUUACCGAGCGCAUUAAAGCAAAGUAUGCCCUACUUCUUGGCACAUAUCGAAAGCAUAGAUGGCACUUUGUGCAGGCCUUUAUGUCCUGAUAAGCUAGUGCACACCACCUGUCAACUGCCAGAGAAACCACAUGUGCUGCUUGAUGCUUGCCAUGACAACUACACCUUCCAUAUGAAACAGAUUUCGUUUUCAAUGGUGAAUAGAAUGCGCCAUACUACUGCUAGGCUUGUGCACAUCCCACAGAUAGAAUUAGUAUACUCUGAUCUCUUGCAAAAACAACAUUGGAAGGAAGACAUACUGAUACCGAUGAGAAAAGUAGAUGUAUAUUGUGAGCACAUGAAUAUUGACUUUAGUAAACGUGAUUUGAUCAUUGCCGAACGUCUAUUAAAUUGUGUGCUUAGCUAUCGGCCGUACUUAUUGUGGAAAAUAGCUAACCAAUCGAUGCAAUUGAUGAAAAACGAAUUACAGCCAACUCUCCAUAACGAACUUAAAGAACUACGUUCCGAUUUCCAAUGCUUUCAGAGUUAUUCUACUGGAUAUUUUGAACUUUACGCAUUGCUAUCGUAUGUGAUAACUUACACAGACCCUUGUGUUAGAAAACAUAUUCUAAUGGACUCCGUUAGAGGGAAUGAACCAAAGAAAUGGCUAACUGCCAGCAUACAAUCAAAUCCGGAAGGUAUACAUUCAGCGAAAAAUGUAAAAGAAGAGCUUAUCGCGCUGGCUAUAUGGGUGGAACCCAUUUCGAUAUUUGUCGAUAUGGUAUUACUUGAGUUUCUCAAAUACCAAGAGGAUUACGAUUACUCUGUUGAAAAAGAACCCUCUAGUGAAGUGGAGUUGCAUACACAACAACUCCAAUCACAAACUCCAACACAAACACAACUCGGUACUGGCCAACCGCCUCGGAUUCACACAAAUAUUACUUCAGCCAGUGGUACAGUCGCCGGCCCACCGCUCAUACGUCGCUCUUCACGCAAUUCACUUCCGUCUCGCAAGAUUUCACAUCCUGAAGAAACAAUACACUUCAGUUCUGAACGCGAUGAGAAAGUUGAUUUGGAUACCACAACCAGCAUUUCGCCACCAGCAUCUACGAAGCCAACUACUACUUCACUAUGGCAAAAAAUUAAAUGUUUAGUUAUUAGUUUACAAUUCGGUCAAAUUGUGCUCCAUGUAGCUGAAAAAAUUAAAUGGUAUAAUAACCAGAAGGAUAUAGUAGGUGAAUACACCCAAAUUCAAUUGCCCCGAAUAGCUAUGCGUUCCACAAACGCCGAAAAUUUGUCACGCACUAACCUGCAAGAAAAAUUUACCAUACAUACAGCGCCAAAGGACACCAUAAAUUGGGUAAUCGCGUUGUAUGGCCUAAGUGUAAAAAGGUACAAUUGCCCCGAGCUGGAUACUGUGCUCUCAGAUGUAUAUACCACAAUCACAAUUGUUGUUACACACAAGACACAAUUGGAGGCAGAUAUAACCUCGACAAUGACGACACUGGUUAGUACUAUGAACGAAAAAUCGUGUGAGAAUAUAUGUGACGCUAUAGGCGCAGCCGCACAGAUAGAAGGAAUGCCAUCUCCGGCGCCACUACAGGAAACUACGAAAUUGAAGUGUAUGCAGCCACAAAGUAAUGCAAUGGAAUUUGAUGCCAUAACAAUACAUGUAGAUACGACGCCUAUACAUUUUCAUUUAUCGGAAACGAAGUGCAAGGCGUUACAUUUGCAUCUGGGAAUAUUGGAUAAGGUUGUCAAACUAAUAGGGCCGAUGGCACAGUUGAGCGCAAGCGCACAAAUGCAAGCUUCCCCACCUCCUAUGAAAAUCAUAACUGCAUCCGAGGAAAGUGCAGCAAUUAAACAGUUUUUGGAACUGGAAACUAGCUCAUCGGUGUCCUCGGUGUUUUUAGAAAAAAAAACUCCAACGUCCUACUCCACAUCGCUGUUUUGCCAAUGGUCCAUUGCAAAAAUAAUUUGCGAAUUAACCGCACAGGAACGUAAGAGUAAAAUUGUUUUUGAGCUUGAAGAUUUGCUUUCAACCGUUGACAAGCGUGAGGAUUAUACUAAGUUCACCGGCAAAGUUGGGCAAUGCAAUCUGAAUUACUACACACCUGAUGCAAAUGAGGGUGGUGGUUGGCUAGCCGAAACUGGUUUGCGUUUGAAGAUGCUCGGGGAGGUGGCAAAUAUGCCAUUCCUGAAUAUUGUGUACACUUCUGUUAGGCUUAAAAGUUUCUACACGCGUAUCGGUGUCAAACCCAAAUGCGACGCUAAUCGCUCUAUUGCUGAAAUCAUAGUCACAGUCCAAGCAAUGGAAAUAAUCAUCGAUUUGAAAUGUUUAAGAGAGUUUGUUGGUUCCUUGGGUAUUCUGUUUGUGGCAAGUGAGUGUGAGGUUAAUCCCAAACAAGAUACUAAUAAGCAGGCUCAUACAAAUCCACCGACUGUUUCGGAUCUACCAUUAAUACAUCUGGAUAGCAAAGGAUUUACGAUCUAUACGCCCUUGGCUACGGAACGCGAAUACUGUACAGUGAUUAUUUGGAAGAUUGAAUCCAUUAAAAUGUCGCCGAACUUAGAGAAUCCACUGCAACGCAAUCCACUGCGUAUUGAUGUGUACAGUAAAGCGGCGCAAUUAGGUUUCCUAAACACGCCCGGCUCAUUGAUUGAAGAUCGUCAGUAUGAAUUGGUGUUGCAAAAUCUCUCUGUAGCUACUGGUCAUUGGUCGGAGAUAUUGGGUCAUAUGGCGCAGCAAGCCAAAACUUUUCAGCACACCAAUCCUGCAGUGGAGUGGAACACACAGAAUCGUGAAACAUCGCCACAUAUUGCAAACAUUUUUAAGCACUUCACUUUUAUUGGCAUCUUUGCUCCUUGCAUUGCUUAUAACAAUGUAUUAAUUUGCGGUCAAGCGCUCGAAUUUAAUUGUGCAUCGGAUUUUGUGGCCACACUCAAUACUGAUCAGUUGUAUGCGCUAGGAUGUAUGGCGUGUCAGAUGAGUGAAUUAUACGCUAUUAUCGCUAAACGCCAAAAUUCGAAUGGUUCAUCUUCGCGAUUGGAAAAGUUAAAGUCGCACUCCCAUCACUACGAAUCUGAGAGUGUAUCAAACAACUCUAGCAGCUCUUUGCAAUGUGUGGAACUACUUGUUACCCCCGUGAACAAAACCGCACGUAAUUCAGCAUCAGUAUUUGAGCCAAUAGAUGAGCAUACUGAGCAAAAUGUAAAAACCGACUCGGGCAUUCAGUCGCAACAAUCGCGCCAAGAACGUCUGUCCACAUUGACUGCACCCACUGAUACAGUUAUGCGCAAAUUUCCACAAACCAUAUCAUUUAUAGCCGGCACUUUCACAUUACAAAUAUAUGACGUUAUUGAUAAAAUGGAAGAAACCGCUGAGUCAAAAACAAGCGGUACUGAAAAAAUGGAUGUCAUGCGGUUGGUGCCGCUGCUGUCCUUGUCGGUGUCUCAGCCGAGUUUUAUGUUCACGCAAAAUAUCUACGAUAGUAUUGCGCAGAUAUCGGUGUUCAAUUUGAAUAUACAUUCAGUACCUACAAUAGAUGCGAAACUCGAAUCUGCCAAUCCGUUUUCUAUUGAAUUUGUCGACACAAGACCAGGGGAGCUGGGACCUACAGGCGUACCGCCACCGCUCAUCACUUUGCGCAAGCAUUUAACCAAGCAAAGGCUCGUCGAGACAGACAUAGAAGUGGCAAGGCCAAUAAUUGUAACUCUCCUGGAAGACCAAACAGUUGUGCUAUUUCAUAAUACACUAAUCUUGUACCAAACCAUAUUGCGAAGUGGUUGUCUGAAUCCACGAACAACAAAAGUCGUGCAGAAAGCUUCUAAAAUCAUGCUCAUGCGUAGCCAUUUCUAUGACUCUGAUCGAUUGCAUACAAAGCUCGACAAAGUAGUGCUCUUGAUGAAGCGUGAAGGUGAAUACGAAUGUAAGUUGGUAUGUGCCGAUAUGCACUUCAAUGCCACAUUUCUGCAGCGUCCAGAAAAGUCUGUACUUAAAGCUUCUGUGGGUGCAAUGCAUUUACAACUGAGCGAUAAGAUAUUUGUACAUCCCAUUGCACUGCGCUCAACAUUUACAUUUGUCAGCGAACCCUGGUACUAUUUACCGUUGGUGAGCGGCACGGUUAAAGUAGAUGUGCUGCAGGUGGAUAUGGAUGUUGGCGGAUUGAAAGAGCUGCAACGCACACAACGAGGUCUGGAAAGAAUGUCUGCCCGUGCGAAUGAACAAUGGAAGGACUUUUUGCGCCGUCGUCCACCAAUGGGAGAGCCUGCAGAAAUGUCCGCUGACAAGUUGAUGCCUAUGAAAACUCCAAGAUCACAAGGCUCAAAUGGAAGCAAGGAGAAACUGAAACGCGAGGAAUUUUAUCAAGACGACUUGAGGGCUGGUGCUUUUCAGUUUGUAGAGAUGGCUACCGACACUUUCCUACCGCUGCCUUAUCAAAUUCAAAUAAUCAAAAAGAAUUUCGGUAUUAUCUGCUGGCGCUACCCGCAACCAAGAAAAAUGUGUAAAAUACAUGUUUUUCCCGUACCAAUGGCGGUUCAAAAGCCAAUCAAUAUCCGCUGCCAAAUGGAAUAUUUCAGCGAAUCGCAUGAAUGUUUUCUACACUUUAGCGAAUUUUGGCUCUCCGAAACCUCAUCCAAAGAUAUAGUGUUACCUGAGCGUGAGAUAUGCGCGAACAUUUGGCGCGUCGUCAUAAUGCAAUCAUUGGUCGCCGUUAACGGAGAAUACUUUGAACCCGGCGAAGAGGAGGAGGAUAAGAUUCCGAGUUUAAAAAUUGAGGAACUCUUCAAACUUGAAAGCAAUGAGGAGGAAUUUAUUUUACACCCAAAAGUGCUGGUAGGCUGCAUGCGCAUUGACACAGCUUUUCAAUCCGAAUGCGUGCCCAAACUGCAGGUGCUACUUUCGUGUACAUCAUUGCAAGUGAAAUUUUUCAAUCAAGCCGAUGGUGAAUACAAAUUGCCACCAGUGCUGGCCGAAUACACACUCGCGCCAUCCAAGAAAAUUAGUCAAGAAUUUUUGGUCGUCUUGCUGGAGAAUUUACGCAUACAUGCAGUUUUCAACGCCUCCCAUAUGUACAGCGUCGACAGCAGUUUGACGCUCAAUGUGAAGUGUCUGGAUUAUGGAUUCCUGAAUAUGCUUUCAGUGCUAGAGGAUGCAACACUGCAAAGUUAUGUGAGCGUAAACAAGCUAAAACGCACGUUAAACAUCAACGCUGUUCUCGAGAAAUUCCGCAUCAAUAUUGGACCCUCGAUACUGCACACAUUACUAUCAUCAAAGGCCCAUUGGCAAGAGCUCUUCCAAGCGUUUGAGCCGAAGGAAUGUCAUGUGUUAUUGCCCAAAUGUAUUGUUGCAAAUUGCAUGCACGCGUUGGUUUCCUUCGGACAAACUGGCACCACAGAACGGAUUCAAUUGCAGCCGUUGGAGUGUAGUUUGUACAGCUUUGGCAAUGAUGGCAGCAGCCAGGAGCUGUCUUUCUACAUAGCUGACAAUGAGACUCGCAUCACGGAUGCGUCGCAAUCGGUUGCGAUUCCCUUCAAAUUCGACGGAGAACGCAAGUUGCAAACUAUACGUAUCGGCGAUAAAUGUCUCAUUAUUGAGUCGCAAAAACUUUCAGCCACACAGGUGGUGGUGCAGUUGAAAGGACAAAUUGAGUUGAUCUCCAUGGUGCCACAAGAAUUGCGGGCAGAAUUACGAUUCGAUGAAAAGAAAUCCGAUAUAGAGAAAAAGUCGCACGACUAUUUGGUGAAAAAAGAGGGGUGCGCAUCAUUUUAUACUCCAGUGCAACGCACAUCAAAUGUGUCAAUAAGACUGAAGAUGGUAUCCCCAAAAGUGAAAGGGCGCACAGGUGACAUACCCUUAAAGCCGAACAAAAAAUUACCUUGGUUAGUAAAAGUGCCAACUUCAAAUAACGAAUUUAUUAGUCUCUGGGUUCGUAUUGUACGCGAAGAUAUAGAGGAGCUAUGCAACGAAUCAUUCGAGCCGCAGCGUAUACUUGUGACAAUCUGGCCCAUAUUUGAAGUGCAAUCGAGGCUACCAUGCACGCUGGCUGGCAAUGAGUAUACAACUGGUAAACAAUUUGAAAUCGAACCACGCGGCGGACGCUAUGUGCUUGAUGUGCCUGCUACACAUCUGACGGAGCACAAAGUUAAAUUCCACACUAAGUAUCCCUUAAACUGCGAAUGCGAUACAGAGCAAACACUCUCUCUAAAAUCAGUGCAAUGGAACACAUUUUUUUGGUACGAUGAGAAAAGCUGGGGUAUUGAUGACGCGCUAUACAAACUUAAAGCUGACCGAUUGCCAACAUCCAAAUGGCCUUUGGAUGAUGAGGAUGAGUUACGCGUGCAACGCAUCUCCCAUUGCACCGAUGCUGCAAACCUAUUGUUUGUAAUAAAACCGGCGCGGCAGUUUUCUUGCUCCACUUGCCUGGAAGUAACACCGUGGGCAAUGUUCAUCAAUGCAACUGGAAUAGACAUUGGAAUUUGUAUUGGACAAAUUGUGGGCCGUGCGUCUAUCAAAUCGAAUUGCAUUGAAAUGUUGAGUGCAAUCACGGCCUCGUUCACCAUAGAUUUGCCCAUACAAAAUGGUGAUGCAAAGUGGGUUAGCUCAGCCCCGAUUUAUUGUAAUGGUAUCACACCAUCGGGUGGCUCCCGUGGGCAUAUUUUGCCCGACAAUGAUAGCAUAGAUAUUGGAAUUGUACAUGAUGCGGAAAUUUAUAAAUUUGUAUUGGAACAUGUAAUUAAAAACGAGCAGCGUGUAUUUCGCCUUCGCCCAAAAUAUGUAGUAGCCAAUUUUACGAAUCGCAAACUACAAGUGCUGGCAUUCGCAAUGGAUCAUAAGGAAAGUGCACGGCGGCAAGCUCUCGAAGAGUUUAAUGUCAACGCGAAAAAGUUUGAGUUGGUGGAGAGGCAAUGGACUGAAAAUUGCAUUGGCAAUACUCUGGACUCAUUUCACGACUUGAAACCCAAUAAAAAGGCCAAACGCACCAAGGACACAGCUUAUGUGUAUUUCGCCAGCAUAAAGUUGCCCGAAAGCGCUGACCUUUCCAUACCUAUUGCGCUUAGUAUACCUUUUACACGACGCUGCUUCGCUUUACAAAAUGGAGAGGAAUCCCUGCCACUUGUAGUCACUCUCAUCGAAAAGGAUCGAAUUUACUAUUUGAAUAUUUUCGAAGAUAAUAGCCCAGCGCUGUUGGUUACCAAUCAAACGGAUGUUCAGUUCAUUAUCGCACAAACGAGCGCAUCGGAGAAUAGCAAAGUUUCCAAUACCACUCCAGAGUACAGCGGACGGCACUUUGAAUGGUAUCAGCAUGUGCCGGCAUAUAGUAAGUGCUACUACACUCCACCAGAGCUAUAUACGAGUUUUCCGGAUGUCGAGUCCACAACGUGCAAUAUUACACUAGCGUUGUACAAAGAAAAUCCAACGAAGAAGGUGUUGAAAUGGUCGAAGCCUAUACGCACGGAUAGGACAUGGGAAAAAUUCUUAUACAUACCAAAUCAUGGAGAUGUCAAAGUAAUUGUCUGCGAUAAGCAUCGUGUCACGCGAAUUUUUGUGUACUAUAUCGCUCAGCUUGAGUUUUCUGUGAAAGAUCUACGCUCACGCCUGCUGACGCCACAAACUACUCCCGAUGCUGAGAGUCCCAAUUCUUCAUUAUUGUCGAUUUCUCCCAGCACUGCCAUUCACGACCCGAUCACAAUGCGCAACACGCCUGCCAAGUGUAGACACUUUUCCAACGAGUGCAACACAAAGACCCAACUGAAAGUGCGCUGCUUUAUUAAGGAAUUAAUCGUUAGUUUGCACGCUGAUGGCAAAACAACUGACUGUGUGAAGUCUGAAAUUGUGGGUCUGUAUGCCGAUGACACGCUGAUCGCCUUUGAUGAUGACGAUGAUGACAGGGAACUGCACCUGUUGUUGCCCAAUUUGCAAUUGGAUAAUCAAAACUACGUGUCUGGUCAAUAUGAUUUUCCUGUUGUGCUGUGCGCACAGGAGUUGUACGAACGAAAGCCAAUUGUGCCGCCAGUGCACUAUCUGGAUCGCACCUAUCAAAAUCUGCGAAGUCGUCCCCUAAUGGCUCACUUCCAAAUGGGUUUCUUUGAGGAUGAAAUGAAGCUACAUUCCAUAGUGUGCAGCUUCAGUCCAAUGCGUAUCUAUAUUGAGGACUCAUAUCUUAAUUACUUGCUUGAUGCAGUUGUCGAUUGCACUCCCUCCAAUUGUGCUUAUCGCGCAGAACCAUCGAGCGCACGUAUCACUCUGGCUAGUGGUGAAUUUUUGUUACCGCGCGUCAUCGUCGGACAAGCGAUAUGUAUUGCAGAGCCUCUGCAGAUACGCCAAUUUCAGAUUGACCCACUCAACGUACUUCUCUCCGUCCAUACAUCUAUACGGCUUUAUAUAGCGCUUGAUCAUUCACCGCUAUCGUUUUCCACCUACAAUCGCCAAUAUAUACUAACCGUGCCUCUGCGUUUCGGCCAAUCGCUCAGCAUGCAUUAUUUGUCGGGUGCCAUUUUUGGGGCAGGCUGGGUGGUGGGCUCACUAGAAAUCCUCGGCAGUCCCAGUGGCUUGGCACGCUCGUUUACUACAGGCUUGCGCGAUUUCGUUUCCAUGCCAGUAGAAGGACUUUUCCGUGGGCCUUGGGGUUUCAUUAUAGGCAUAACCCAAGGUUCGGCAUCACUUCUGCGUAACGUUACUGCCGGCACAUUGAAUUCGGUGUCAAAGCUAGCUGCGUCUGUGGCACGAAAUCUCGAUCGUCUUACGCUGGACCAGGAACAUAUUGAACGCACUGAAGCGCUACGUCGUUGUCGGCCGCAUGGUUUCACAGAAGGAUUAGCCCAAGGUGUUACGGGCUUAGGUAUAAGCAUUUUAGGCGCAGUCGGAGGACUGGCUCGUCACACUCUGGAGGCGCGCUCACCUGUCGAAGUAAUGACUGGUGUCGGUAAGGGGCUUGUAGGUGCUGUAGCAAAGCCUCUUAGUGGUGCAGCAGAGUUGCUGGCGCUCACCGGACAAGGUGUACUCCAUACUGUGGGCUUCAAUACUAUGCCUGAGUUGCGUGUUUCUUGUCUUUACGCGAGUAUAACAUCAGAACCAUCAGCGUAUCGCAUUUGGAAACUGUUACCUGGUACACUGAAGUCAGAUCAGAUUUUGUUUAAUCACGAGGUAACACUAGUGGCGCAAGAACAAUUGCGCCGUGGUUACGCCUUGCUUACAACCAGUGUUUUCGCUCUUAUGGAGUUGCAAAGCUACAGUUUAAUGUGUGUAUUCCCCAUUGAUAAGGUGGAAAUGACGAGUGAUCUCACGGAUACCACACUGUAUUACAUACAUUUGGUGAAAGACAAGGAGGCGACUGAUGAGGAAAACUAUACAAAUCAGCGGAUUAUCACUUAUAUACAUUCCUCGACUUCUCUAAAGAAUGUCUCCACAGCAGCAGCUGACUCGUUGAAUGAUCUGCUGCAAAACCACGAGCAGGAGCUGCAAGCAAGUAGACGAAAGCAGACGGAUUGGUCAUUCUAUAUAAACGAAGCGCUUGGCGAGCAUAUUAUAAAAUAUUUAAGAGUGAUGAAGAGAAAUUGUUAAUUGGAGAGCAUAUACCAAAAUUCCAUUCAUACUUUUAACCCUAACGUUUAAUGUUUUUAAAGCAUGACAUUAAGUAUUUAAUAUGAAUUUGUGUAUAUAUUUGUAUUUAAGAUUAGAAGCACGAUAUCUAAAAAAUUUUAAGUUAUUUAAAGAAAGACACAAUAAACGUUAUAAAAUGCCUUUGUA